AUGGCUGCCAACAACAUGCUCAACCCGGCGGCCGACCUCGCCGCCGAGGACGCCCAGUUCCUCAAGGAGGUCGAGCAGGUCAAGGCGUGGUGGAGCGACUCGCGCUGGAAGCACACCAAGCGGCCCUUUACCGCCGAGCAGAUUGUCUCCAAGCGCGGCAACCUCAAGAUUGAGUACCCGAGCAACGCCCAGGCCAAGAAGCUGUGGAAGAUUCUCGAGGGCCGGUUCGCGAACAAGGACGCCAGCUACACGUAUGGCUGCUUGGAGCCCACCAUGGUCACCCAGAUGGCCAAGUACCUCGACACCGUCUACGUCUCCGGCUGGCAGUCGUCUUCCACCGCCUCGGCCUCGGACGAGCCGGGCCCCGAUCUGGCCGACUACCCCUACACCACCGUCCCCAACAAGGUCGGCCACCUCUUCAUGGCGCAGCUCUUCCACGACCGCAAGCAGCGCCAGGAGCGCCUCUCGACGCCCAAGGCCCAGCGCGGCUCCGUCGCCCACGUCGACUACCUGCGGCCCAUCAUCGCCGACGCCGACACGGGCCACGGCGGCCUCACCGCCGUCAUGAAGCUCACCAAGCUCUUCGUCGAGAAGGGCGCCGCCGGCAUCCACAUCGAGGACCAGGCCCCCGGCACCAAGAAGUGCGGCCACAUGGCCGGCAAGGUCCUCGUCCCCAUCAGCGAGCACAUUAGCCGCCUCGUCGCCAUCCGCGCCCAGGCCGACAUUAUGGGCACCGACCUCAUCGCCGUCGCCCGCACCGACGCCGAGGCCGCCACCCUCAUCACCACCACCAUCGACCCCCGCGACCACGCCUUCAUCCUCGGCUCCACCAACCCGAAGCUGCAGCCCCUCAACGACCUCAUGGUCGCCGCCGAGGCCGCCGGCAAGACGGGCGACGCCCUGCAGCGCAUCGAGGACGAGUGGCUCGCCGCCGCCGGCCUCGCCCGCUUCGACGACGCCGUCGCCGCCGCCAUCGACGCCGCCUCGUCCGUCCGCGACAAGGCCGCCGCCAAGGCAAAGUACGCCGCCCAGGCCAAGGGCAAGAGCAACGCCGAGGCCCGCGCCGUCGCCCGCGGCAUCCUCGGCGGCCAGGACGUCUACUUUGACUGGGACGCCCCCCGCACCCGCGAGGGCUACUACCGCCUCAAGGGCGGCUGCGACUGCGCCGUCAACCGCGCCAUCGCCUACGGCCCGUACUGCGACGCCGUGUGGAUGGAGAGCAAGCUGCCCGACUUUGCCCAGGCCAAGGAGUUUGCCGACGGCGUCCACGUCGCGAUUCCCCACCAAAAGCUCGCCUACAACCUCUCCCCCUCCUUCAACUGGAAGACGGCCAUGCCCCGCGCCGACCAGGAGACGUACAUCCGCCGCCUCGCCACCCUCGGCUACUGCUGGCAGUUCAUCACCCUCGCCGGCCUGCACACCACGGCCCUCAUCAGCGACCGCUUCGCCCGCGCCUACAGCCAGCAGGGCAUGCGCGCCUACGGCGAGCUCGUCCAGGAGCCCGAGAUGGAGCUCGGCGUCGACGUCGUCAAGCACCAGAAGUGGAGCGGCGCCACCUACGUCGACGAGCUGCAGAAGAUGGUCACCGGCGGUGUCAGCUCCACCGCCGCCAUGGGCAAGGGCGUCACUGAGGAUCAGUUCAAAUAG